CUUAAUACCACAUCGUUAGAAAUCUAACAUAUUUUCAAAGUAGGAAGUAAUUUAAAAGAAGUGACAUACAAUAUACGUGAAAACGAAAUAUAGAUAACAUUAAAGUUUGCGGGCUUGUAUUAAUUGUAUAAAUAUAUUUAAAAAUGUAUUGUAACGGCACAUCCACGAUUGAUUCGGCGCCGAUUCAGGAUGAAAUCGUUAUAUCCGGAAUUUCUGGCAGAUUUCCCGAAUCCGACAACGUCAGACAUUUAAAAGAAAAUCUACUGAAUAAAGUAGAUCUAGGUUCGGACGACUGUCGACGUUGGCAACAUGACCAUCCGGAUAUACCAAAACGCACGGGAAAGGUCAAUAAUAUCGAGAAAUUUGAUGCGGAAUAUUUUGACAUACCCUUCAACCAAGCCCACCUGUUGGAUCCUAUAACUAGAUGUCUUUUGGAACAUACGUACGAAGCCAUCGUCGACGCCGGGAUAAAUCCGAAAGAUUUACGCGGCACGAAAACAGGAGUUAUCGUCGGGACAAGUUUUUCCGAAUCGGAGAAUGUGCUUGUUUAUGAAAAGACGCAGGUUACUGAUCAUAGAAGUCUAGAAUGUAGAAAGUUCAUGCAAGCAAAUUGGAUUUCUCACUGGUUAGGUGUCACAGGGCCAUCUUACACGGUCGAUACGGCUUGCAGCUCGAGUAUAUACGCUAUGGAGCACGCAUACAGAAACAUAAAAUUUGGACAGUGUGAUAACAUGAUCGUUGCUGCCACAAAUCUCUGUCUAAAUCCUCUAAUAUCUUUGCAGUUCAUGCGACUAGGUGUUUUAUCGUCCGACGGGUUUUGCAAACCUUUCGAUAAUAAUGCGAAUGGUUACAUGCGCAGUGAAGCGAUCGGGGUAGUGUUUUUACAAAAAGCGAAGAAUGCUAAAAGAAUUUACGCAACUGUAAUUCAUUGCAAAACGAAUUGCGACGGAUUCAAAGAAGAAGGCUACCUUCCCAUCGACAAAAUUGCAAAACUUCUUAUUACAACAGUUUUACGACGAAUGCAAUAUAUCGCCGUCUGUUGUUGCCUACGUCGAAGCUCAUGGUACGGCACGAAAGUUGGCGACCCAAUAGAAAUUAAUUCAAUCGAAAAAGUUUUUUGCAAGGAUAGACAAGGCCCUUUACUAAUUAGUAGCAGCAAGUCAAACACUGGUCAUACUGAGCCUGCCAGCGGCCUGCUUCAAAUUAUUAAGGUGCUGAUAACAAUGGAAACUGGCGUAAUUCCACCAAACAUAAAUAUCACAAAAGAACGAGAUGAUAUUGAAGCUUUUAAGCGAGGGACUAUACGAGUCGUGACUACUCCAACAAUAUGGGAACCUACUUUUGUGGCUAUAAAUUCUUUUGGUAUGGGAGGAGCCAAUGCUCAUAUUUUGUUAGCACCUAAUAUGAAGCAAAAAGUCAACGGUGGGGCACCAAAGGACGAUUUGCCAAGACUCGUCGUCCUGUCCGGUCGUACCGAACAAGCACUGGAGUCAUUCUUAUGUGAGAUUGGAAGUCAACUGGUAGAUGUUGAAUAUGUUCGGUUGUUGCACGAACUCCAUGCGGAAGAACUUCUAAAUCAUCCUUACAGAGGUUACACGAUUGUUGAAAACCAAAUAUCGAGCAGCAUAACGAGCGAAAUAGAUCAUUAUGAUGGAGUAAGAAAGCCGAUCUGUUUUGUGUUUUCUGGUAUCGGAUCCCAAUGGUUUGGCAUGGGAAAAGCAUUACUGCGUUUUCCAGCAUUUUGUGAAACCAUAGAAAAAUGUAAUAUACUUCUAAAGAUACAUGGAGUGCACAUCAUCGACAUUUUAACAAGUAAACAAAAAGUCACCCUUGACUGUAUAUCGAACACAGUCGUGAGCAUCACAGCAAUGCAGCUUGGAUUAAUAGAUCUCUUGAUGUCGGUAAACGUUGUGCCAGACUAUACCAUCGGUCAUUCAAUCGGUGAACUUUGUUGCGGAUAUGUAACUGGUGACUUCACGAUCGAACAAGUGAUUUUGUCCGCGUACUACAUAGGAUUGGCGUUGGAAGAAACAAAAAUAGCGAAGUACGCCAUGACGGAUAUUGGCGUUAGUUACAAAGAAGCGAAAGUCAUGUGUCCAGUAGAUAUCAAAGUAAUAUGCAGCUAUAGUCCAGACACAUGUUCCAUCGUCGGACUGAGGGAAUCAAUAGUGACAUUUACGAAGAAAUUAGAGAUUAACAAAAUCCCUUAUAAGGAGAUAAAUUGCUGUAAUAUUCCUCUUCAUAGUUGCUAUAUCGUCCCUGCGAGAGAAAAUAUUUUGGCUAAAUUACAACGGGCAUUACCACAAAAGAUGAUGCAUAAACAAAAAUGGUGCAGAUUGCCUUGCGAUUAUAACAUAUCGUAUGCAGAAUACUUUACCAACAGUUUAGUGAAUCCUAUAUUUUUCGAAGAUGUCGCGAAAAUGAUUCCGAAAAAUACAGCGUUCGUGGAAAUCGCGCCGGAUGGAAUUCUGCAGGAUGUCUUGAAUAAAAUUUUCGAUACGACAACCAUCACGUUGACUCAACGUCAUCACGAAGAUAACGCUAAAGUAUUUUUGCAAGGACUCGGCAAGAUGUACAACUUUGGCUUGCAGCCGCAAUUAGCCAAUCUCUAUCCGGCUGUAGAAUUUCCGGUUAGUCGCAGCACGCCGAUGAUCUCGCCGUCGAUCAAGUGGAAGCAUUUGGAAAACUGGUACGUCGCGUCAUUCGCAACGGAGAAACAAAUCACGUCUAGAGAGAUUGUAAUAGAAGUCAACAUACAAGACGAAGAUUAUGAAUACAUGAGCGGCCACAUAAUCGAUGGCAGAAAUCUGUUGCCAGCUACAGCAUAUAUUGAAUUAAUUUGGAAAAUGGUUGGAAAGUUAAGGGGGGAAUCGUACAAAAAUAUACCUGUCGUAUUUGAAAAUGUCAAAUUCCUUCGAGCGACACUUCUUUCGAACCAAGCAGCUGUAAAACUAACGUUAAUGGUGCAAAAAAGUACUGGGAAGUUUGAAAUAACAGAAAAUGGUAACGCAAUUGUCACUGGCACGGUACGUGUUCCACUAGAUCUUGACAAGGAAAAUGUGCCCAUCGAUUAUCUAGAAGAAGACGAUAACGAGAAAGAAAUAAUGAAAACGAGAGAUAUAUAUAAGGAGCUUAAAUUACGCGGAUAUCAAUAUACGGAUCUGUUUCGUUCUUUAAGAAGUGCAUCCAUUACUGCCAGCCGAGGACACAUAGAAUGGAUGAACAACUGGGUAGUGUUUAUGGAUAACAUGCUCCAAAUAAGGAUCCUUGGGAUAGACACGAGAAAUCUUCGUGUUCCUACUGGGAUAGAAAAAUUGGUGAUCAAUCCGAGGCUUCAUGUGCAACAUCUAAAAGAUACUACGACUGAAAGUACAGAACUCGCUGUGCACGUAUACAAAAAUUUGAAUACAGUAAUAUCUGGUGGUGUGGAGAUUCGUGGCAUUACCGCCACUAUUAUACCUCGACGGAAGGUAACGGGGAGUCCUGUCCUUGAAAAAUACAAAUUUGUAGCUCAUCGAGACGGAGUAAAAGUUUCUCUUGAAGUUGGAAUAACUCUGUCGACACAUCUUGUUCUGGAGUACCAUCAAACAACCAAAAUGGACAUUAUCGAACUACUCGAAGAUGAUGAUGACAUUUCAAUAGAAGAAUUAGUCUCUCCGCUGUUUGCUAAAAUUUUGGGGAACUUACCGCUCAUUCAGCCUAAUAUUACUUUGAUAAAUAGAACUAAUCGUUUCGAUGACAUUAAACUUCCUUCAGAAAUCGUAAUUACAAAGUCAAAGAAGCUAUCGACGAAAAACAAUAUAAUGUUAGUCACAGGCUGUAAUUUGUUAACGAGCAGCAAAAAGGAAAUCCUAAAAGAAAUGUUACUAAUAUUAAGAGAUGACGGCUUUUUGUUGACACGUGGGCAAUCCCUCACAAAAGCGGAUCUUGCCUACGCAGACGCGAACAACCUAGCGGUAAUACUCGAGAAACAGACAGGCAAUGAGUCUAUAACGCUCUUGAAGAAGAGAGGUCAGCCGACGAAUAAAACGCAAGUUAUAUACGUGAACAAUUACGAAUUCUCUUGGCUGAAACAAAUCAAAUCAAUUCUAAGCACGGCGGACGAAUUCACUAACAGUAUGAGAAUAAUUAUUGUUGGAGAGAAGGACACAGAAUGCGGCUUACUGGGUCUCGUUAAUUGCCUGAGGAAAGAACCGGGCGGUGAAUUAAUUAGAGGUGUGUUCAUUCAGGACAAGAAUGCACCGAAAUUCUCAUUGCACGAUCCAUUCUACGCGGAACAACUUCGGAUGGAUCUCGUUAUAAAUGUUUUACGGCCCGAAAAAGUAUGGGGAUCGUACAGACAUCUUCCGUUGGAGCCCCUAAAACACAAGCUUGUACAUCAUGCCUUGAUGAAUCAAUUGGUGCAUAGAGAUUUAACUUCAUUACAUUGGAUUGAAGGCGAUAUCACUCCGGAUUACCAGCACGAAAAUCUCGUUAAUAUAAUUUACGCUUCUCUUAACUUCAAGGAUGUAAUGCUAGCAAGCGGUAAAAUUAACUUGGAUGAUUAUAUGUCUCGCGGACGACUGGAAGAUUGCGUAUUAGGUUUGGAGUACGUCGGUAUCGACGAUACUGGACGCAAAAUAAUGGGGCUAGUCGAAAAUAAGUGCAUAUCAAAUAUGCGGGUGGUCGAUCAACAUCUAUCCUGGGAAAUUCCAGACGGAUGGACUCUCGAGGACGCCGCGACGGUUCCCUGCGCUUAUGCCACAUGUUACUACGCAUUGUACCUUCGUGGAAAAUUAAAGAAAAACGACAAAGUACUGAUCCACUCAGGUACCGGCGCUGUAGGACAAGCUGCUAUCAAUAUUGCACUUCAUGAUGGUUGCGAAGUUUUUACCACUGUUGGUACCUUGGAAAAGCGAAAGUUCAUACGAGAUACUUUCCCGUCUAUACCGGAGGAUCAUAUUGGGAAUUCGCGCGACAUCAGCUUCGAACAGAUGAUAUACCAACAGACCAAUGGUCGUGGUGUGGAUGUUGUAUUAAAUUCAUUAGCCGAAGAUAAACUUCAAGCGUCUGUACGUUGCCUCGCCAGAAAUGGGCGAUUUUUGGAAGUCGGAAAAUUCGAUAUGAUGUCUAACAAUACAUUGAACAUGUCGGUAUUUUCGAAUGGGAUUACAUUUUACGGUAUAAUGUUAAACGUUUUUAUUAACAGCAGCAACGAACAGAAAGAUAAUUUAAAAACGAUAUUAGCAGCAGGUCUUAGAAAGGGAGCCAUAAAGCCAAUUACUAGAAAAGUUUUUCAAAAGGACGAGAUAGAAGCGGCUUUUAGGUACAUGGCAGCUGGAAAACACAUUGGAAAGAUAAUUAUAAAGAUACAAGAGGAGGAAGAAUUCAUGAACACGCCUUUGCUUGCCCUACCGCGUUACUAUUGUCUACCGAAUAGGUCAUACAUUAUCUUGGGAGGAUUGGGUGGUUUCGGCUUGGAAUUAGCCGACUGGUUAGUCAUUCGUGGUGCCAGGAACCUCGUGCUUAUCUCACGAACUGGACUAAAGAACGGUUAUCAGCGUAUGAAGGUUGGGCUGUGGAAAUCUUACGGAGUGAAAGUAUUACUCGUAUCGAACGUCGAUGCAUCAGACAUCAAAGAUUGCGAGUACGUAUUGAGAACAGCGGAGGAAUUGGCGCCAACAGACGCCAUAUUCAAUCUUGCUGUUGUACUAAACGACAAGAUUUGUCAGAAUCACACGAUAGAGACAUUCCAGAAACCAUUCAAAGCGAAAGCGUAGGCCACGAAGAAUUUGGACCAGUUGUCCAGAUGCAUAUGUCCUGAGCUACGUCACUUCGUCGUCUUCUCCUCCGUGUCGUGCGGUAGAGGCAAUGCCGGGCAGAGUAAUUACGGAAUGGCAAAUUCUAUCAUGGAAAGAAUCUGUGAGAGAAGAACACAGGAGGGCUUACAUGGAUUGGCGAUUCAAUGAGGCGCCAUCGGCGAUGUCGGUAUUGUAGCCGACAUGCAAGAGGACGACAAAGAAAUGGUCAUUGGCGGUACAUUGCAGCAAAAAAUAAGUUCCUGCAUCGAGAAGCUGGAAGAAUUUCUCUUACAAGAGCAGCCAGUAGCGGCGAGCAUGGUUGUGGCAGAGAAGCGUUCGAGCGCUGUUAGCUCCAUCAGUGUUAUUGACACCAUAGCCAACAUUAUGAGUGUGAAGGAUUUGACCACUGUGUCUGCUCAGGCACGCCUGUCUGAACUUGGAAUGGACUCGAUGAUGGUCGUAGAAAUCAAACAAACCUUAGAACGGAAGCAUGGGAUAUUUUUCGCUGCCCAGGAUAUUCGGAAUCUCACUUUUGCCAAACUUGCUGAAAUGUUUGACCAAGAAGCGAAGAAUGAGAAUUUACGCUCUAGUGAUGUUGCGGAUGGAAAUAAAUCGACUGGUCUAAAAUUAUUUAUCCAUACAAUGGGUGAAGACAAUUUAAUAAACGACAUCUGUAUGAAUCUUCAAACGAAAGGCGAUACAACGAAGGACGAGAUAUUCCUUUUGCCAGGAAUCGAAGGUUGUGGAAAUAUUUUCUAUUCUUUGGCGCCGAAAAUUGAAGCACCAGCAACAUGCUUACAAUAUGGAACUUACAAUAUCGGCAAAAAUUGUAACACAGUAGCCGAUAUCGUUGAUAGUAUCUUCAAACAUAUGAUACAAAGAAUCAAAUCUAAGCAAGAUUUCCUUAUAAUCGCCUAUUCGUAUGGAACGUUAAUUGCGAUCGAGUUAGCAAGAAGGUUGGAAAAAAUGCACUUCCAAGGCCGAUUGGUGUUCAUCGACGGCGCACCUGAACAGUUAAGAGCAUUGUUAAAUCAAAUUAUAUCUGGCGCUACAACUGAGGAACUUGAAAAUAAUAUUCUUCGAAGUAUAAUGGAUGUUUUAGAGCCAACGAUUAGUGGAAAGCUUUUCUUGGAACUGAAUAAACUUACCAACUGGGACGAUAAGCUAAAUAUGUUUGUAAAACUUCUUCCUCCGUUAUAUAUGAAAUUCUCUGCCGAAUCUAUGAAGUCUCUAUGUUUAACAAUUUACAAACACGUGCAAGCAUUAUAUAAGUAUAACAUAACGGAAUUACCGAAAAUUACGUCACCCGUAAUAUUUCUUAAGCCAACCACAAUGUCGCUGAAUUUUCCUCAUGAGGAUUAUGGCCUCCAUAAGAUUACCACUGGAAAUGUGCAGGUGCAUUAUAUCGAAGGAAAUCACUCUUCGAUAUUGUACAGCGACAAAGUUGUAGCUACUAUCAAUGGGCAAUAUAUUGAUGCAAUAUAUUGA